UCUUUGAAAUUCAUGGUCAGUCAUAUCUCUUGAUAGUGGACUAUUUCUCAAAGUACCCAGAGGUACUGAACAUUAGGGACAAGUCAUCACAUACAGUCAUCAGGAGGAUGAAAUCAGUGUUUUGCAGACUAGGAGUUCCAAAAGAGAUUGUGUGUGACCACGUUCCAUUUUCAAGUUAUGAAAUGCAUGACUUUGCAUCAUCAUGGGGCAUAGAACUCACUCACUCUAGCCCACGCUAUCCUCAGUCUAAUGGCUUAGCAGAGAGAAUGGUGAAAACUGUGAAGCAGGUGAUUAAGAAGGCACAACAAACAGGAACAGAUCCUCUCCUUGCAUUUCUCACCCUGAGGAACACACCAGUCACAGGUAUGGAAUAUUCUCCUGCUCAGCUGCUUAUGGGCAGGGUACUGAGGAGCACUCUACCAAGCUCCAGUUCCAUUCUCCAGCCCGCAGUACCCCAGAAGGCACACUCUGCUCUCCAAGACCUACAGAAAAGACAGCAGCGGUACUACAACAGAGGUACGAAGCGGCUUCCUAACCUGUUUCCCGGCGACACUGUGCACAUGGAGACUGCACAGGGUUGGCGUCCAGCUGUGGUGACUGAGGAGAGAAGCGAACAUCGUUCCUACAAUAUUGUAUCCUCAUCUGGCCAGCACUACAGACGCAACAGGCGCCAUCUGAGGAAAACGCCAGUCUGCACUCAGGCGACCUCUGAUGCAGACUUGGUGGAUGUGGACCUGCCAGGCUCAACGGGUACGAGUGAAGCAGAGAUUGCGGACUCUCAGUCUUUAUCCACACAGGCUCCAACUCACACCAGGAGCGGGCGAGUCAUUGGACCACCUGAGAGGUUUAAAGACUUUCAGAUGGGUCGACACUGACAGUUCGAGCAGACCCCUCAACGGUGGAGCAACGCCGAUACACAGAC